UAAAUUCCAAGAGCACAUUCCAAGCAUUCCUUUGUAAAUUCCAGUUUUAAAGCUUGUUUUUAAUGGGAUGUGAUGACUGCACGUAUUUCCCACUAAUAAAUUUAAAUUUGUUUUAAAUCGCCUUUUGUCUAAAGUGUUGUGUUAAGUCGGUUUGGUAACAAUGUCGAGUAAGCCGAAAAUGUACAUUCACCAGAUGCCCUACAAUGAAAGAAGACAAUUAUGUGUUAUUCUGGAUAGGAACGAGCUCUGGGUGGAAUUAGGGAUAAAGCAUAUGCAGUACGACGAGGAUACGAUAGAAAAAUUAAAGAGGUUUAUAUCGAUGGGCCCGAUGGGUCGUUCACCCUCCUGUGAACUUUUACAUUUAUGGUCACACCAAAAUCACACCGUAGACGAACUUUUUAUUCUACUGCAUCGAAUGGGAUUGUACAACGGCAUGUAUUUGAUCAAAGAUUUGGUGGAGGACAAGUACCACAAACUGUUCAAUGUGGACCACCUCACUGGACUACUGUCAUCUGAACUGAAGAAGUUACGGAUACCAGACAGCAAAGUUCCAUCAGUAGACUUUGACAAUACCACCAAAGAAACACUCAAUAAAGAUUGUGGUCUCGACAACGGAGUUAGUUCAGAAUGUAAUGAGUCAGGCAUUGUGGGUAGACUUCUAAAUGGGCCGGUUGAUAACGCUUUGUCACCAACACAAAACCAACAGCUGGAUUCGAACAAAAUGCUAACCGCUCACGUUGUUCAGAGUGCCGGAGCCACCCCACUGAUCCCCUACGAAGAUCUGGAAGUCGCUACUCAAAACUGGAGUACUUCAAGGGUCUUGGGUCAGGGUGGGUUCGGUACUGUGUUCAGAGGAACGUGGAAGUGUACCCAGGUGGCGAUCAAGCGCUUGGAAACGAAGCUGAACAGCAAGAAGGACUUAACCGAACAGAUAAGGCAGUCUAUUACGGAGUUGCAUUGUUUGAACACUUACAGGCAUGAUAAUAUUUUACCGUUGUAUGGAUACAGUAUUGGAGGUCCCUAUCCUUGUCUGAUAUAUCAGUAUAUGUCUGGGGGUUCACUAGACAGCAGGAUACGGACAAAUGAUAUCAGGAAACUGCUAAAUUGGCCCAAGAGACUUACAGUAGCUAUAGGCACAGCCAGAGGUUUGCAGUUCCUCCACACCACCCUGCACAACAACAAACCGCUCAUCCACGGCGACAUCAAGAGCGCAAACAUCCUCCUGGAUCCCAUGGACCACCCCCGCAUCGGCGACUUCGGCCUGGCUCGCGAAGGACCUGAUAACAACUACACCCACAUCAAGGUGAGCCGCAUCCAAGGCACCUUACCCUACCUCCCCGACGACUUCCUCCGAUCGCGCCACUUCAGCACCAAGGUCGAUACUUACAGUUUCGGCAUGGUUUUGUUCGAGCUGGCGACAGCGAUGAGCGCUAGUAACCGGAAGACGAUUUUUUUGAAGGACCAGGUUAUCAAUCAUCCGCCGGAUAGAAUUUUCGAGCUGAAGGAUAACCGGGUGCCCGGUUACGAUUGUAUAUUCAGUGAGUUGAUCAGGAUCGGGAAGAAUUGUGUGGAGAAGAGGGCCAAGGACCGGCCGGAGAUGGUCCAGGUGUUGCUGAUGCUGGAGGAGGUGGCCAAAAUGAAGUCGGAGAGCGGUAAAAGUAACGAUGGGUGUUUGGAGGAUUCGUAAUAGAGUUGGGAAUUCUAGUUCCUCCAGAGGAAUAGUUCCUUGAACUAGGUCUUUAGUUCACAAUAGUUCCCGACUAACAUUGACAUCCGCGUUGCUUGCUAAUGGGUUUCGUUGUCAGUCAGAACUA